AACCUCUACAGUUGUUGGUAUAAAUAAUUCCACUGGUCACGUGCGCGUCACGUGCCCCAGCUGUCUGGGCCCUGCCAGUUUACAGUAGCUUUCGGGCUGCAGGCGGAGGAAGCGGCAGCAGCAGCAGCAGCAGCACCGAGCCAAAGCAGCCCUCUCUGCAAUCGCUGUGGGAGCUGGAACAAGCGGACAGGCUGGCAUGAUGAGGUUCUCCCGAGAAGUUGCUGACAGCUGAUAGAGAGGGGUCCUUUCUCCUCCUCUCUUACACGCAGUCAGGAACAAAUGAAGAGUACUUUGGACAUUGGAAACUGAACAAAAAAAAAGAAAAAAUGUCACUUGGGCUAACUGGAAUUACUGCCUGGUUGGACAUUAGCAUGGCGUUCACUAUAUUGGAUGCCUAGGCUGUCACUGUCUUUUGUCGGCUCAUCCCUGACCCUGUACCAGCCCAGCAGCUCUCUGUUCAAACAUUUCACAAUGACUUGAGUGCCUUUUGUUUUUUGCACCCCUGUUGACUAAAUUAAUUCUUUCAUCAACCUGUGAUCGAUCGCCUUUAAUCGCUGUUGCAGAUAGCCAAAGGAAAGCAUAAGUACUAUGCACUGUUGUUGCUAUACAAAACCAAUAACCUCACAGGAAGAGAGGCACUCAUAACAGCGCUCAAGAGAAAAAGAACCUCUCCCUGAGUUGUCCUUUUUUUUUCUAUAUCAGAGGAUUAGAAAGCUGCAGGGAUGUUUGCUGCUGUGGAGCAUGGCCCGGUGCUCUGCAGCGACUCCAACAUCCUGUGUUUGUCCUGGAAGGGCAGAGUCCCCAAGAGCGAGAAGGAGAAGCCUGUGUGCAGAAAGCGGUACUAUGAAGAGGGCUGGCUGGCUACCGGCAACAGUCGAGGAGUUGUCGGGGUCACGUUCACAUCCAGCCACUGCAGACGGGAUCGGGCCACCCCACAGAGGGUAAACUUCAACCUCAGAGGACACAAUAGUGAGGUGGUAUUGGUGCGGUGGAAUGAGCCUUUCCAGAAGUUGGCCACAUGUGACACAGACGGAGGAAUUUUUGUUUGGAUUCAGUAUGAAGGUCGCUGGUCUGUGGAGCUCGUUAAUGACCGUGGCGCUCAGGUGAGUGACUUCACCUGGUCGCAUGAUGGAACGCAGGCUCUCAUCUCGUACCGUGAUGGAUUCGUCCUGGUGGGCUCUGUCAGCGGCCAGAGACACUGGUCUUCUGAGAUCAACCUCGAAAGCCAGAUUACCUGUGGGAUCUGGACUCCUGAUGACCAGCAGGUGUUGUUUGGCACGGCAGACGGACAGGUAAUAGUCAUGGACUGCCAUGGGCGAAUGCUGGCCCACAUACUGCUGCAUGAGUCUGACGGCAUUGUUAGCAUGUCGUGGAAUUACCCCAGCUUCCUGGUGGAGGACAGCAGUGAGAGUGACACAGACUCUGACGAUUACACUCCACCCAAAGUACACAGCCAGAAACCACUUCUGACAGUCAGCUUCACCUCUGGAGACAUCAGCCUGAUGAAUAGUUACGAUGACCUCUCACCUACCCUGAUCCGAACCGGUCUGAAAGAUGUUGUGGCCCAGUGGUGCUCUCAGGGGGACCUUCUGGCGGUGGCAGGGAUGGAGCAAACAGUCCUCCUCUCUGCUGACACUCCCUGCUCUCCUCCCACCAAAUGCGCUAUUGUCAAAUUCUACAAUGUUCAAGGAGAUCACAUCUACUCACUAGACACACCAGCACAGCGCCCCAUCACCACGCUCUGUUGGGGUCACAGGGACUCGCGUCUGUUCCUGGCAUCUGGCCCGGCGCUCUACGUUGUCCGCGUGGAUCACCGGGUCGCAGCGCUGCAGCUCCUCUGCCAGCAGGUCAUCGCCACAGCAGUAAAGGAGGAAAAAGAUGUCGGCAAGCUCACCAUGCCAUCCCGGCUUUGUACUUACGUCACUUCUGCCUUCGCCCCCACCAUCAAGCCACCCAUCCCGGAUCCCAACAACAUGCGGGAUUUUGUGAGCUACCCGACAUCUGGGAAUGAGAGACUACACUGCACCAUGAAACGUACGGAGGAUAACCCAGAGGUGGGAGGGCCAUGCUAUACGCUGUACCUGGAGUACUUGGGGGGUCUGGUACCUAUUCUGAAGGGACGACGGAUAAGCAAGCUGCGCCCUGAGUUUGUCAUUAUGGACCCCAAAACAGAUGGGAAAACAGAUGAGAUUUACAGCAACAGUCUGAUAUCAGCCAUGAUAGACAGCUGUAACUGUUCAGACUCCAGUGACAUUGAGCUUAAUGAUGACUGGGUCGGCAAGAAAUCUCCCAAGAUAUCCAGAGGAAGCAAAUCUCCUAAACUUCCCAGAGACUUAGUUUGUCCCUUUACCAACAGGAUAAAUAUAGACCCCAGAAAGUCCCCCAAGCUGUCCCGGGCAACGCAAGAGAUCUCUAGGUCGCCUCGUUUACCUAUAAGGAAGCCCUCAAUUGGUUCUCCAAGUUUGUCACGGAGGGAAUUUCCUCUAGACGACAUCAGUCAGCAAAAUUACCUCGCUCAGGUCACAUCCAAUAUUUGGGGUACCAAGUUUAAGAUAGUUGGAUUGGCAGCAUUUUUACCUACCAAUCUUGGUGCAGUUAUUUAUAAGACCAGCCUCCUCCAUCUGCAACCCAGACAGAUGACCAUCUACUUGCCAGAGGUGCGCAAGAUUUCCAUGGACUAUAUCAACCUGCCUGUUUUCAGCCCUAAUGUUUUCAGUGAGGAUGAAGAUGACCUUCCUGCCACAGGCCCUGCUGGAGGCUCUGAUGACAACCCCCCCUGUACUGUAAACAUCCCCAUUGCCCCCAUCCAUAGCCCCGCCCAGGCCAUGUCCCCUGCCCAAAGCAUUGGCCUGGUCCAGUCUCUGUUAGCUAAUCAGAAUGUUCAGCUGGAUGUCCUUAGUAAUCCAACAGCACCCCCUGCUGGAGCUUCUGCCAGCGGGUCGGACCAAAGCCAGGAUACCAUCCUGACAGCCCAAUACACAGUACCUACCAGGUAUUCCAGUCCAGGUCAGGUCAUUUUUGGAGGGCUGGAAGUGGGUCGGCUAAUGGUUGGACCUCCACCAUCUCAUCAUCCAUCUCAGCAACAACAGCAACAACAACAGAGUCAGCAGCAACAGCUUCUACAUCAUCAACAGGUUCAGCAGCACCAACAGCAGCAGCAGAUGCUCCAGCAGCAUCACCUACAGCAGCAACAGCAUCACCUACAGCAGCAACAGCAUCACCUACAGCAGCAACAGCACAUUCAGCAGCAGCUCCAGCAGCAGCUUCAGCAGCACAUACAGAUGCAGCAGCAACAGCAACUUCAGCAGCAACACCAACAGAUGCAGCUGCAACAGCAGCAGAUGCAUCAUCAUCUGCAGUCUCAACAACAACACCAUCUACAGCAGCAGCUCCACAUUCAGAUCCCCGCCCCGUCCAUGUCAUCCGGUCAGCCUUCAGGAACAGCCCUGCACCAGCUGCAGAUCCAAAUCCCCCACCAACCUGGUGAUUUAGUAGUUGACAGGACAGUGGGCGGGGAGCAUGAACAUUUGCUGAAAAUCAAAACCACUCGACCGACUCCCCAGCUGGCUGAUGGGGAUACAGUUGUAUUCAGUGCUCCUUUGGAGCUCAGCAAAAUGAACCCGCCUCCUCCUUACCCUGGGACAGUGGCUGCGGCUGUUGCCGCUGCAGCUGCUGCUUCUCCGUCGGCUUCCAACGCAGCUUCCAGUACGUCUGGCACCAGUGAAACUCCUCCCCCCGCUGAGCUCUGUGUGAAGAAAGGAGACAUGAAACUUUAUCCUCCAGGUCAGCAGCAGGCGCAGUACCCCACACCUUUGGGAUAUGAAAGGAUAACAACAUUUGACAGCAGUGGAAAUGUGGAAGAAGUAUGUCGUCCUCGAACACGCCUUGUCUGCAAUCAGAAUGUCUACACACUCCAGGGACCUGGCAGCUCUGCCACGCUCAGGGUCACUUCCUCUUCAUCCUCAUCCGCAGCUGAAAAGAAAAUCCAGCUUCCCUACACCUCUGCUACACUGAAUAGACUCACUGCACCUCGCUAUUCCAUACCCAGCGGAGAUCCGCCUCCCUACCCUGAUGUGGGCAAUCAGAACAGGAAUCCAAAUCAGAGGCUCGACAGCAGCCUGAUCCAUGCAACCCUCAGGAGGAACAGCCGAGAGGCUGCGCUUAAAGUCUCCCAGAUGCUGGAACCACCAAGACCACUGCCUCCCAAGGCUAAAAAUAAUGCACUAGCAGCCUCCUUCCAGCAGAGGGUGCCAACAGCCUUAUACACAUGCAGCCAGUGCAGCAGUGGAUCAGGUAACGGUGGUACUGCACCAGGGAGUGCUAAUGGGAUAGCAGGGGGAACAAUUAUCAGACAGGAUUUUCCUCCAGGGAACGGAGCUCCUCACAGCACAGUUAUAGUUCACUCCAACAGCGCCACCACUCUCGCCUCCCAGUCAUCAUAUAACCUAAUGAGUUCACUCGAGGGACCUGGUAGUGCAGCCGGGGGAGGAGGUAACAGAGACAGGGUUGAGUAUGUUAACUCAGCAUUUACAGAAGAUGAGACACUCAGCCAGUCACUCAGGCACCUGGCAAUAGGAGGAAAUGAUUCUUCAGGGCUUGUUGUCAAACGCCCACCUCCCUAUCAGUGGGAUCCGGCUGGCACAGAGGAGGUGUGGAUUCCUCAAGAAAGGACAGCAAUUGCCCCCCCUGGACCACACAAACCUCCCCCCCUUGUUCUUAGCCCAGCUCAACACUUGGAUGUUACCAGAUUGCCUUUUGUUCUCUCUCCAAAGUCUCCUACCAGCCCCAGCGCAGCGUCGUUCCAGGCUGCUGCAGCAGCGACAGGCUACCAGAUCUCUCUGCAGUACCCCCCGACCACAGCAUACACCGGAGCUCAGCUCCAACCCAUCCCUGGGUCACCGCGCCCCUGUGCCUCCCCAAAGGAGGUGGUGGCACCUGUGGCACUUUCACAGCAGGAGGCCACCCUUGUCUUAUCUCCGGGCUAUUCUCCAAGCUUAGCUAACUUAGCCUGCUGUCCUCUACCUCCCAUGUAUCCUGGAGGAACUUCUUGUGCUGGAAUCCCCAUCCCCCCCAUUGCCCUUCACACACCAUGGGGCACCUAUAAUUCUUGUCCGCCUAUGCCCAGUCCCGCAGUGCCACUACCACCCAAAGCCUCCCACAUAUUAGCAGAAAAAAAUGUUCUCUCACCACCUCCUCCUCCACCUCCUCCUCCUCCACCUCCUCCACCACCAGCAGAACUGCAGAGCCAUGGGGCAUUACAGGAGACGAUGGCAGAAGCAGGGGAGGGUUAUCAGGAGGUGCUGUCUUUGACUGAGAGCCCUGUGCCACAGCGGUCGGAGAAGUUUGGCAAAAAGAACCGCAAGCGUGUGGACGGUCGGGCCGAAGAGGCUAAUGUGUCUCAGUUAGCCGAAGGCAAUAAAUCAAAGAAAGAGGGCAGGGCUUUGGGGGAUUUUAACUCUCUUAUCUCCAGCCCACGGCUGGGAGGAAGAGACAAGAAGAAACUGAAGGGACAGAAGGAACAGCAACUGAAGGCAAAGAAGCUGAGCAAGGCCACUGCCAACAGUGAGUUCCAGGACAGCUCAGAGAGCGAGCCUGAGCUGUUCAUCAGCGGCGACGAGCUCCUCAAUCAGUGCCAGAGCGGUAAGAAGGGCUGGAAGAGUAAAAGGAAUAUGAGGGCCGCCAGUGAGCUGGACGAGAUCAAAUGUCGGAAAGCGAAUGAGAAGGAGGACAGAGGACUUGGCAGCCAGGGGUUUGUGUAUGUGAUGGCCAACAAGCAGCCUCUGUGGAAUGAAGCCACGCAGGUCUACCAGCUGGACUUUGGAGGCCGAGUCACUCAGGAGUCAGCCAAGAACUUUCAAAUUGAGCUGGAGGGCCGGCAGGUGAUGCAGUUUGGCCGGAUUGAUGGAAACGCCUACAUCCUGGACUUCCAGUACCCCUUCUCUGCAGUUCAGGCAUUCGCAGUGGCUUUGGCCAACGUCACUCAGCGCCUCAAAUGAGAUGUCUCAUACCAACACCCCCUGAAACAUACCUUAAUUUUAAAUGCAACCUGCUGAAGGAGCACAGUUGUUUGGUUUGGGGAUUAUUAAACUCUUAAAAUGGAUUUUGGAGAAAAAGACUGAAAUCAACCGUGGAGAAUAGAUGGAAAUGCAAUCACACUGCACUACACAAUGCUGCCACAAAACACGGUGCAAUAAGCAUUGACUGCGUUUGUUGGAUCUGCUCCGUUCUGCAUUCGGUGGCACCCACCAAGCACGUCGGGCCAAAGAGCUGAGCUUGGGUUAUCAUCAUGCAAAUAAAUGCUGCUUUGGGUAGAGAACGUUUUUCUUUCUUUUCUUUUUUUUGUUCUUUUUUUCAGAAAGGUAAGAUUGUUAAAGUGCAGUUAAAAACGCAGCAGUAAUACUUGAAAACCACACUCUGGAGGUUAAAUAACAUUUUCCAGAGCGCACAGGUACUACUGGGCACUGAAAUCCAUUGCUGUACAAAACUUUAGUGAAACAGUUACUACUUUAUUAAACUGCUUUUGCUUAUAGUUUAUAAAAUGAGGUUACAUAGGUGAGGUUUUUGUUCUCUACAUUCCUGUUGUUUCUAUCUCAGUCUGUUUAGGCUGGAAGUUAGGCUGAUAUAUGCAUCAUUUAGGAGCACUACUAAAGUUACGACUUUUUACUGUUUCUGGAAGGAAAACAAGCAUUGGUCUUUAUCAAAUCUGUUUUGAAGGAUUAAAAAAAGGCACCCUGAUUUACUUAAUAAUUUAUAUGUACACUUUGUUUAACUUUCCAGAUAUGGAUUUUUUUUAAUAAGAAAAUAGUUAUUGUUGAAGAUAUUUACCCCUCAGAUAUUUUCAUCCCAUUUUUUUCUUAGCGGCUUUAUUCGGGGACGGUGAGUUGAAAUAUUGCUGUACCCUCGGGAGUAUUCAGGUGGGAGUGGUUUACAGAAUAGCUUUGGCUGACAUACGUCAUACUUCAAUAUCUUCAUCUGGUGACACUGGCGCAAAAAGUCGCCAAGGCCUCGACUGAACAAUUUAACCUCUGGCAUGAAGUGAUAAUGUCACCUGUUGUCACUUCUGUGAAGUGAGUACGUAUUUGGGAGCAGUCUUUGCUCUUUAGGACCACACUUAAACAUCUAAGCAUGGUACAGGAAAUAUUUUUGUAUAUUUCACCUUUGCCAUUUCAUACUCUUCUCAGAAGGCAUGUAAAUAAAUUGGAGAGGUAAACGAUGUAAAGAGACUUAAGAGGCUCUUAGAGGUUUACACCUCGGCUCCACUGUGUGUUAUUUCAGGUGUGAAGUGAAGCUGUAACACCAUAGAGUAACUGUUAAGCUAAAACGUCACUCAGUCUAAUAAGACUACAUUAAAGAAUGAAGCUUAGGAAAUCUAUCUUCUUCGUAAGCUGACUGUGCAAACUGAGAGACAUGUAAAGCUGUUUAAUCGUGGGAAACGGUGAAGUGCAAAGGGCAUAUAUGCAUUCAUUUCUGAUUCCGCUAAAAAAGUGUUUUGGCCUAGUAAAACAGGAAAGGUGCUGUAUGGCUAAACCGAAAUUUGUGCCAAAAUAUCUACUCGCAAUUUUAGAAUAAAUAUAGUCCAAAGGGGAAGAACCAAUUGUAUUUUCAUAGUUGAUUUUUUUUGUGAUUUAUCACAUUUGAUGGCAAUCUUUCCUGAAUUUGAAAAGAUGCAUGUUGGUUGUAGGAAUGGGGACUGAAUGAAGAUAAGAGAAUAAUUAAGAAAAAAAGACAACAAAAAAAUAAAACUCAAGCAUGUCAUGACAAAACCCUUUUUUGUGUUAGCUGUGCAAUAUUUUGUAGGAGAAAAUUAUGUCUAUGUUGCUUUCAACCAUGUUUUGAUACCGUUCUUUUAGUUCAGUAUCUGAGAUUGCUGGUCUGUGGAUUUUAAUUUAUGAGAUUAUUUUCUGAAAGGAUGAAACGUAUCUAUACAUACUGUAUAUUGUGGAGUUUUCCAAACAUUUUUUAUGCGUUUUGAUUUGUUUUUAACGAGUGUAGCCCAAGUUGUGGGGUUGGGGAUGAGUUUGCUCUGGAUUGUUAUAAAAAGAAAAAAAAAAGAUGCGAAUGAGUAGGUGCCCAGU